GCUGAACAGUGUUUUCAUUGAAUGAACAGUAAUCUCGCCUCAUCCCAAAUUAUACCCUCAACGUUCGCUUCAAACUAAUCGCAACCUUCGUUCCUUGCAUCUUUCCCCCAUUCGAGCCUCUUCAGUCUUCACUCACUUCCUCCUCCGUCCAUCUCUGUUCCCGUUUCUCCUUCCUUUCCUUGCAUCUUAGCCACCGAACAAGAAGAUGACCAAAUCUCUCUCACACAGAAAUGGCCACCUUCAAUUUUGCCGGAAAUCUUUCCACAUUAGAUUGCAUCUCACCGUUCCUUCCCUUUCUUCGAUCUACCCCGCUUCAUCUCCUUCUCCAUCGUCUGCACAGCCACGGAAAUUAAAGCUUCACAUCUUCAUCUCCUUUCUAUUAUCCGACUUCCACCGCCGAUUUCCCCGCCUCACACAAGAGCAACCUAGAAUUGGUGUGUUCAGGUUUUAGCCUUCAGUAGACCCGUUUUUAGGGUAUGGAAUCCAACACCAGAAAGCUUGUGUAAUCCUCCAGUGGACCCGUUUUUAGGCUGUGGAGUCCAACACCAGAAAGCUUGUGUAAUCCUCCGGUAGACCCGUUUUUAGCUUGUGGAAUCCAACUUCAGUUAUUUAAAUGAAGUUUAACGGCAGAGGUUUGGUUUCAAUGGUUCACUGAAAUAUAAGAACGAGGAAGCAAUGGUUUGCUGAAAUCUUCUAAGCUCCUUACCAACAGGGAAUCAGGUGGAAACUAUAUACAAGUAUGUCCAUAUGCGGUCGGUGCAGAUGGUAAAGAUAUCCCAGCCACCCAGGUGCACUCCAUCGACCGUGUAUGCCAACUUCUUCAGUAGAUAGGCACCUAGAUCGGUCACUAUAGUGUAUCGUCCAUCGGGCAUACACUAUAGAAGGAAUUUUUCACUGGCGAUUUUUAAGAAAGAAAUAACAGCUUUAUGUGCUCUACUGCUCUGGACAUCGCAAUGUAAGUGGUUUGACCUUUCUAUUCAUGUUUUCCUUCAAAUACAUGAACUCAAAUAAUGAAGCAAAUGUUUUCUUUCAAAUACAUGAACUCAAAUAAUGAAGCAAGGGGCAAUUGAUUUGGUGAAAUUUUCUUAAUGACUUUGCAAUCUAUAUAUAACAUAGGAAGUUAUGCAUAUCUUACGAAGUUAUGCUCUUAAGAAGUUAUAUACUUCGUAUAUCUUAAGAAGUUAUCUACGUAGUACUCUGUAUAUUUUAAGAAAGAAAUAACAGCCUUUUGUAAUAGCUUACUUUGCAAUCCGACUCUAUGGUUUGGGGAGGGGGUGUUGAAGGACCAUUCUGCUACAUCACAGAUUUAAGAUAACAAUUACCUCCAUAAUAUUUACCCUCAUACUUUGUUCACUAUAAUGACAAAGAGUUUAAUAUUUGCACAUGGGUGAACCACACCGAACCGGGUUAAUUACAAAAAAUUGAGUAACUUCUAAACACAGGGAGGUCAUAUAGGCACGGCCUUUCUAGGGCCUUUCUUUUUUAGGUGUGAACCGAACCGAACCGGGCUACAACGGUUCGGUUCCAACCGAUUCUAUGGUUCCAAGUUCCAAAAUCUCACCCCUAAUUUUGAGGCCACAUUAUUUAAUAAAUGUCUUAGGGAGUAAGUAGAGUCCAAUUCCAGUAGAAACUGUUGCAGACUUUGCAUGUAAUAUUAACUCAUAUUACCAUUUCUUCCCUUUUGUUGUACAAAAAACAAACACUGUGGCAUUUUCUAACUAUAUCUAUAUACUUCCAUAAUAUUCCAUCAUUUGCAAUGGAGCCAAAGACUCACUAUUUUUUGGCCCGGGAAUAUGAUGUAAUAAAGCAAAUGGGCUCACUAAACUGUCUGCGCUUCUUUGUUAUGAAGCAACAGUCAGUUCAUGCAAUUUUUGACGCGAUUUUCACUAUGGGUCAUCCAGAAACAGUCUCUCUGUGCUUUAGUACAUGGGUAAGACUGUGUACAUCCGACCCCCCUUACCCCACUGUAGUUGGGAGCCUUUGCGGCACUGGGGGUAAUGAUGAUGAUGAUCGAUAUACUUCCAUAAGAAAUGUUAGGGAUGAAAGUCACCUUAGGGGAGGGGCUAAUAAAGAGAGGGUUGACCAAGAGGGGAAAGUAGUGGCAUAUCCAGAGUAAAAGGAAAACUAAUUUUGAAGAGACACCAAUAUUGGACUCCAUUGACGUACAAAGACAUCUUGGCUGAAAUUACAGCAAAGCAAGACUCUUUGAGGAGGAAUUUGAUCAAUCGAAAGCAGGGACUAAUAAAAGAAAAUUCAAUGAAAAUAAAGUUGAGUGUAUAUCAUUCUCGAUGUGAAGUGUUUGCAUAUUUUCAUUGAAGUUCUUGGGGAAAUGCUAAGUUGCAAACAUUUGUUUGCAUUUUUUGGUGCUAGAAAAAGAAUUGAAGGGUAUUUUCAGCAAUUUUAGUGAUAAGCUCGAUAAGUUAUGGAUAAUUUUGUGAUUCUAAGAUAAUUUCAUUUAAGUAAUUUAUCCCUAACAUUUUUCUUGGUGGCAUUUUUGUGUUAUGAUUUUGGGGAUGCAUAUUGUAAUUUGUCUACAAUGAGGUAUUAGAUCAUUCUAAUUAGAGAUGGUAUUGAGACGCAUCGGAGACAGUUGUGCAUACACCCGUACUCGCCUCUUUGGGUCAUUUCCCCGCUCUGUAAUUGUCCCAUUACCCAAUGUGUAAUUUUUAUCCAAACUAUAACUGUCCCAACGUGUAACGGGUAUAACUGUGGGUAAUCGCUAUAUUAAAUGAUUCAUUGAUAUUUUAAUAUAAAAAUUAAUACUUUAAAGGGUGAAAAAUGGCAUUGCCUAGAUGGUUCUAGACGUGAGAUGCCACUUAAAAGUUUCGUGCUCUACAAUGCGAGAAAUGACAAUCUAAAUUAAUUUGAACAUAAAAAUACUUCAACGAAAAAUAAUUAAAUUAAGAAAGAUUUGAUAAUAACCAAACAAGACUAUUAAAAUCUAUUAUAAAAUUUCAUACAUACACUACAGUUAGUAUAUCCAUAUAUACACAAUGAAAAUUAAAGAGAAAAAUCUCAUCUUGUAUUAGUUGUGAGACAAAUAAUGGAAAAAAUGUAAUCAAAUAUAACUACACAUAAACAGGCAGGGUACGGGGUGGAUAAUGGGGCAGGCAUAUAAAAUUUACCCUUAGAAAUAAAACGGUUAUUCCCCGACUCGUACACGUUACCCAGUCAAUGCGGUUUUGCCUGUUUUGACUGGAACGAUUUGGUGCAAGUAUCCAUCACAUCAGUCACAAUUGUCAUCCCUACUUCUAAUAUCUUUUACUAUGUAUUUGUCGUUAUUAAUUUACGAUUUGUGUCAUUCGUGUGAUAAUUGACAAGUAAUAUUAUAAUCUAUAACUGUACUUAUAUAUUAACAUUAAAAAUAGCUGCAUAUUACAUCCCGUGCAACGCAAGGGUGGAAUACUAGUAUAUAAAACACUAAACACUCAUGCCAUUACUAUGACUGCAAGCAGAAGUGCAGCUUAUGAACCUUAUGUUUACUUGCUACCUUUUACACUGAUUGAGUACUAACAUGCUAUGCUUUUGGAGUCCACGUAGCUGUUUGGUAAUGUUAAUCUUUCAAUUAUGACACAAAACUAUUCAAUAUAUACUUAUUACCCUGACACUUCUUAGAGAUUUCAUCUCUUAACUUAUUCACAGUAACUGCUAUAUCUUCACUCUCAUGACUCAACACUUACUAUUUAUCGGUUUUUUCUCACCUUUUCAAGAUUGAUGGGCUUAUAUCAAAAGGACAAGGAGAUUAUAAUAUCUUUAUGUAGAGGUAAAUGGACACCCAAUCAACCAGCCUUUGAUUCUAUACUCAAGCAUUUAAACAUUCUAAUUCUGAGAGAUAUAAAACCCUAAAAAUUCUACUUCACACAUAUUACAUACGUAAUAUAAUUUAAAUGACAUAAAUAAAGUUGAUAUUUUAUCAAAAUUCGAAAUAGAAGACGUAUUUUAACUUUUUUUACUCACUUUGACGGUAUACACUAUCUUCAAGAUUAACCAAUGAGCUAAAUUUAAUAGAUCGUUGUGAACAAAAUUUUAAUAUAUGUACAGUUGUACACAUAAAAACAAUACAUUUUCCUUUUUCAUAUUCCUGCCUAGUGAUGUACAUAUGAUGAGAGCAGAAAAAUAAAAAUGAACGGGGUAAACCGUUGCUUAGAUAAUCAAUGAUAAAAAUACCGUUGCCCAGAGCCAAAAGGCUAAACUCUAAUUUUAUUCCAAGAUCAUGCCAAAAUGAAUCCUAACAAGGGGUUUAAAUAUUCAUCUACUAAUUCUCAAACUAGGAACUAAAUCCUGGAAAUCCUAAUCAAUUCCAACUAGGAAACAGAAUAAUAAAGAUCCUUAUCAACUUCAAAUAGGAAACAAAUAAUAGGAAUCCUAAUUAACCCCUAAUAGGAAACAAAUAUUAGAAAUCCUAAAUAACUCUAAAAAAUAAGAAACAAAUCAGGAAAAUUAAAAAGAAUAAAUAUUAAUUAAACAGCCUGCAACCAACCCACGAAGGUGGGUUCAAGCCUGGGACUAAAGUUCUAGUGAAUGAGAAAUCUAACUAGACCAAUCAAAAUUCUGAGUAAAAGAUAUAACUCAAUUUGUGUAAUUUAGAAUGUAUAACCACUUAAAAAGCUACACACAAUCAUCUCUCUCAGUUCUUAGGAAAACUAAAAAAUAAGUCAAUACAGACUUAUGUGUAGACUCCUAAAAAUUAACUCAUAAUUUUGGCAACUAUAAAACUUAGCAGCAUGAGUACACCGAACAAUUAAAUAUAAACCGAGUAAAUUGACAUAAGAAAAUCAUGAACACAACUAGGAGGACAACAUGAAUAUGAUUCAACUAAGUUCAGGGUCUGAUUUUAAUAAAUUGAUAAUAGAUCAAAAGAGAAGGGUUGUUGAAACUGUAAACGGUGGCUGCUGAUAAUAUAUCUAAUGCUUAGUCCAACUCUUUCAUACAAAAUUGACUUAAGUGAGAAGAACAAGACCUCUAUUAGAUAAAUUAGCUUAUCGUGAUUAAUUUGUUAAACAUGAGUAAAAUAUUCUAAAUUACUGGGAUAAACUUUGCUUCUAAAUAUAGAAUUGUGAAGGAGAAAUCUCACUAAAUGAAAGAAAAGCUAAUUCAGUUUUAACAUUAGAGGAGACUAGGGGAGACGAGAAACAUACUGGUGAUGGGGAGUAGACCUGUACAAAACGGGUUCAGGUCGGGCUCAGGCCGGGCUUUUUAUAAAUUUUCCGCCCAUCAUGUAUGGACGGGCCCGGCCCGGCCCGCAAAAAUGGGCCUAACCCUAUGUCCAUACCCGCCCAUAAGAGUGGGCCGAUUAAUCCACCGGGCCGCCCGGCCCGGGAAAACUUUAAAUUUUUCAAAAUUAUAUGAUUUUUUAAAUACUUUAAAAUUAAUAUUACAACAUUUAAAAAAUUGUUAAUACGCUGAUAAUGAUAGGCCUUUCACCACAUUAAGAAAAAUACCUACACAAAAAUAAUAAUAAGAAACUAUAUCUAAAAUUUAAAAUUUAAGCACAAAGUAUUAUCUUUAAGCACAAUAAUAGAUAUCAUAUUGGUUGGGCUAGUUGUUAAGAACUAAAAAUUUAAAUUUAAACAUAAUAAACUUUAAAUAUGUACAAAGAAAACUUAGUAAAUAUAAAUAUACAUGUGUAUAUCUAAAUAAAUAAAUAAAUUAGUAUAUAUAUAAAUAAAUAUAUAUUUAUUUAUAUUUAUGUUAAGAUUUGGAGUUCCAUCCUAAAAAGUCAACCUGAUAGGAGGAGUAGCCCAAAGCAUUAUAUAGUGGUUUAUUGUUUUAUAGCUUUCUGGUGUGGGACAAAUACUCUAACACGCCCCCUCAGCCUGAACCGGGCUGGAUAUCAGGUGUAUAAUUGGGCCAAACAGAUCCUUAACAAGCUACCUGUAAUCAUGGGUGCUAAACAAGCUGUCAAACCACAAUCGGAAUUGGCUCUGAUAUCAAGUUAAAAUUUGGGGUUCCAUCCUAAAAGGUCAACCUGAUAAGAGUAACCCAAAGCCUUAUAUAGUGGUUUAUUGUUUUAUAACUUUCCAGUGUUGGAUAAAUACUCUAACAAUUUAAUAAAUGUAGCAGGCCGGGCUUAGCGGACCAAACGGGCCUACACCCUAACCCAAGCCGCCCUUAUCUUAUUGCGGGCCGGGGUCAGCUCGGUCCGGUGGGUAAAUAUAUAUGCCCAAGCCCGCCCAUUUGUGCGGGCUUGGCGGGCUGACCCGGUUUUGUCCAAGUCUAAUGGGGAGUAGCCAUUAGCCUAAAUAAGGAGUUUAGAAAAAGCAGGCACCACCGUGGGUGAGGAGGGUAUUGAUGCUGAGGAAAUAGGGUAGGAGGGAAUAAAAGUUGUAAGCUGAUGUUAUGUAAACAAGGUUACCAUAGUAGUUUGUAGGAGUUUUCUUUUCAAUGGCGCCCUGCAUUUUGUAGGGCAUUAGUGCAGUAUUUUAGCGGCCGAUUUGAACUUGAGAGCCAUGAAAAUUAACUUAAUACCCAAAAAUUUAUUUUGUUCAAACUACUAUAUGCACUCAUUGCCUUAAGCUAACACAGAGGUGAGAGAUAGACGUUUCUUGAAUGAAACACUAAUUAUGUGCAAGAUUAAAUGUUUCUUUUAGUGAAUGGGUUGAGUGCACAUGAAUUCGCAUAUCAAUGCAUAUAUUUGUGUAGAUGCAGUGAGGAAGACGGGUUGCAAUUUUCUUGUUUGACCUCAACGGGAAAAGACCUUGCUUUCUUUAUUCAAAUAAUUUGACAACAAGUAGCAAUGAGAUACUCGGAGAGUGGUGGGAUUCAAAGAUGUUAUAAUACCUAUAUUUUUCCAAAGCAGGCAGAAGCACUUGAAGAGAAAAAAGCUAUGCUUAUUGACAUUAAGCUGGAUGUGUAUUCAAACGAAAAUGAUAAGGAUCAAUAACAAAAAUAACUAACAAUAAAAUUCAGAAAAGACAACUCUUACCUUGUUGGAUAUUGUAGCCAAGGCCUCUGGAAGGAACUUAAUGAUGAAGACAUAUUGAUAGGGAAUGCAAGACCCCUCUCGUUCUCAGGAAACUACAACAAUUUAGAGACAAGGUCGCAUAAAAAAUUACUAGGACUCACACUAGGAAAACAAUCCCUCAACAAUUCGAGAUGAGGGAUUGUUUUCCUUGUGUUGUGUACUUUGAAGGAGAUGGUUCACAGCAGUGAUGAGAGAUUGUUUUCCUAGUGUGAGUCCUAGUAAUUUUUUAUGCGACCUUGUUUCUAAAUUGUUGUAGUUUCCUGAGAUCGAGAGGGGUCUUGCAUUCCUAUCAAUCUGUCUUCCUCAUUGAGUUCCUUCUAGAGGUCUUGGAUACAAUAUCCAACAAGGUCACAAUUGUCAGUUGUCUUUUUUGAGUUUUAUUGUUAGUUCUUUUUGUUGUUGUUCCUUAUCAUUUUCGUUGGCAUACACAUCCAAUUUAAUGUCAAUAAGCAUAGCUUUCUUCUCUUCAAGGGCUUCUGCCUACUUUGAAGAAUAUAGGAAUUAUAACAUCUUUGAAUCCCACCACUCUCCGAGUAUCUCAUUGCUACUUGUUCUCGUAUUAUUUGAAUAAAGAAAGCAAAGUCUUUUCCAGUUGAGGUCAAACAAGAAAAAUGCAACUCGUCUCCUUCAUUGCAUCUACACAAAUAAAUGCAUUGAUAUGCGAAUUCAUGUGCACUCAACCCAUUCACUAAAAGAAACAUUUAGUCUUGCACAUAAUUAGUGUUUCAUUCACGAAACAUCUAUCUCUCACCUCUGUGUUAGCUUAAGGCAAUGAGUACAUAUAGCAGUUUGAACAAAAUAAAUUUUUGGGUAUUAAGUUAAUUUUCAUGGCUCUCAAGUUCAAAUCGGCCACUAAAAUACUGCACUAAUGCCCUACAAAAUGCAGGGCGCCAUUGGCAAGAAAACUCCUACAAACUACUAUGGUAACCUUUUUAUUUAAAAUCAGCUUACAACUUUUAUUCCCUCCGUACCCUAUUUCCUCUGCAUCGGUACCCUCCUCACCCACGGUGCCUGCUUUUUCUAAACUCCUUACUUAGGCUACUCCUCAUCACCAGUAUGCUUCUCGUCUCCCCUAGUCUCCUCUAAUGUUAAAACUGGAUUAGCUUUUCUUUCAUAUAGUGAGAUUUCUCUUUCACAAUUCUAUAUUUAGAAACAAAGUUUAUCUCAGUAAUUUAAAAUGUUUUACUUAUGUUUAACAAAUUAAUCACGAUAAGCUAAUUUAUCUAAUAGAGGUUUUGUUCUUCUCACUUAAGUCAAUUUCGUAUGAAAAAGUUGUACUAAGCGCUAGAUAUAUAUUGACGAUCAACAACCACCCUUUACAGAUUCAACAACCCUUAUCUUUUGAUCUAUUAUCAAUUUAUUAAAAUCGGACCCUGAACUUAGUUGAAUCAUAUUUAUGUUGCCCUAGUUGUGUUCGUGAUUGUCUUCUGUCAAUUUACUCGGUUUAUAUUUAAUUGUUCGGUGUGCUCAUGCUGCUAAGUUUUAUAGUUGCCAAAAUUAUGAGUUAAUAUUUAGGAGUCUAUAAAUAAGUUUGUAUUGACUUAUUUUUUAGUUUUCAUAAGAACUGAGAGAGAUGACUCUUUGUAGCUUUUUAAGUGGUUAUACAUUCUAAAUUACACAAAUUGAGUUAUAUCUUUUACUCAGAUUUUUGAUUGGUCUAAUUAGAUUUCUCAUUCACUAGAAUUUUAGUCAUAGGACAAAUUUUUAUCUGGAGCCAGACUCACUAUUUUUGGCUUGAGAAUAUGAUGAAAUAAAGCAAAAUGACUCACUAAAUUGUCUGCGCUUCUUUGUUAUGAAGUAACAGUCAGUCUAUGCAAUUUUAGACGCGAUUUUCACUAUCGGUCAUUCGGAAACAGUCUCUCUGUGCUUUAGUACAGGGGUAAGACCGCGUACAUCCGACCCCCGCUUACCCCACCGUAGCUGGGAGCCUUUGCGGCACUGGGGUAAUGAUGAUGACAAAUUUUUAUCUGCAUUCCAGAGAACAAAAUUAGUUACUUGUGAGCUUCUGCUGGUUGUGUCAUGCAUUUGAUGUCUUUUACUAUGGUAUUGUGGUGGUAUUUGUAUAUGUAAAUAUAGUUAUUUACUGUAUUGGACAAUUUUCUGACUUAUCACCGUAAAUGAUUGCCAUAUGCCAAUGACUAGUUAACAAGUUUUGUGCAUUUGUUUUCAUAUUGCUAAGUGGUAUGAAUAUGCCUCUAAUAAUCUUUAGCUGUUUUCAUACUUAAUGUUUGUGCAAUAUAAAAUCUUAAAUAUCUUCACACAGUCACACGACUCACACCUCGAUCAGUUGGAUGUAUAUUGAAUAAAUUAUAUAAAGUUGACAUCAAUCAAUAAAGGACUAGUACAGCAGAUAAGCUUUACAGUUUCUUUAUCAGUUUGUCUCCCUAUCUUUCUAUUUGGGGUUGGCCGGAAUUGAAAGGCUAAAUCCAUUAUUUGUAUGUACAGAACACAUUAUUGUGGUUGUGAACUGCAUUUUUUAAAACUUACUACAGUUUCUAAAGUACUUUUUUGGAGGGUGAAGUUGAGAUGGAGAGAGAACAGUGGUGGUGUAUGUGGUGACAAAGUUUAGAAUAAGGAGGAAUUGAGACUGAAAAGCUUGAUUCAUUCCAUGAAAUGAUAUCCUAUUUAUACAACAUUUUAGAGCUAGGCUACUAAUUAUAAUAUUAAAUACAAAGAUUUGUAACUGAAACAUUUAAUACAAAUAUUCUAAUUUAUUUUGUAACUCAUGUAACUGAUCUCUAGAGCUGUCUAGAUUCUUCUGUCUAUAUGCCCCCGCAAGCCAGGUAUUCUAUCAGUGCUGAGAAUCCUGAGCUUGUCACGUAGAAAAACAAACCGUUGUCGUGAAAGGGGUUUGGUGAGAAUGUCAGCUAGUUGAUCAUGCGAGGGGAUAUGAAGAACCCGAAGAAGGCCACGUUGCACACGUUGACGAACAAUAUGGAAAUCAAUGGCAACAUGUUUCAUUCGGGAAUGGAAUACCGGAUUGGCAGAAGAGGUGGUAGCGCCUUUAUUAUCACAUAGAAGAACUGGAGGAGAAGAAGGGGAAUGUCGAAGCUCAUGAAGAAGUGACUCCAUCCAAAGAGUUUCAGAUGCAGCAGUGGAUAGGGCCCGAUACUCUGCUUCGGUUGAGGAUUUGGCAAUUGUGCGUUGCUUGGAGGACUUCCAUGAAAUAAGCGAUUCUCCGAGAAAAAUGGCAUAAGCACUGGUAGAGGAUCGGUCAUCUGGAUUUCCCGCCCAGUCUGCAUCAGCAUAAGCACAAAAUGAAAGGUGAGAACUCCGACGGAGAUAUAAACCAUGAGAGGCUGUUCCGUGAAGAUACCGCAAGAGACGUUUCAUGAGUUGCCAAUGGUUCACCGUGGGUUUGUGCAUAAACUGGGCUAGCUUGUUGAUGGCAAAGGCCGUAUCAGGUCGGGUGAGGUUUAAAUACUGAAGUGAUCCAAUAACUUGACGAUAGAGUGUGGCAUCAAGUAACAGAGUCAAGGAAGCUGAGGAAGCUAAAGGCGUGGAUACUGGAUUCGCCUCGUGCAUGUUCAACACCUGUAAUAAAUCUGUAAUGUACUUGUGUUGAUCAAGAAAGAGUCCAUCUGAUGUAGGGGUAACCUGUAUGCCCAAAAAGUAAUGUAAUGACCCCAAAUCCUUAAUGGAGAAUUUUUGUGCUAACAAGUUAAUAGUCCGAUGAAUCAAGUCUGGUGUAGAGCCCGUAACAAUAAUAUCAUCCACAUAUACCAACACAUAGAUAUAAGAGGGAUGAGAAGAAAAGAUGAAGAGGCUGGCAUCAGAGACUGAUUGAUGAAAACCAAGGGAUAAUAGAAAUCCACUAAGAGAUUGGUACCAUACUCGAGGUGCUUGUUUGAGACCAUAGAUGGAUUUCCUAAGACGACACACUCUUCCAGAGCCAUCAUUGAAACAAGGGGGUUGUUUCAUGUAAACCUCCUCUUGAAGAGCACCAUGUAGAAAAGCAUUGUUGACAUCUAGUUGGUUUAUGUGCCAGCCAUGAGAAAGUGCAAUGGUCAGAACAACCCGAAUAGUAACUGGUUUGAUGACUGGGCUAAAGGUCUCAGAGUAAUCAAUCCCCGGGCGCUGAUGAAAGCCUUUAGCCACCAAUCGAGCUUUGAAACGAUCCAAGGAACCAUCGGGCUUAUAUUUCACAGUAUAAACCCAUUUGCAGCCAACAAUGUUCUGACCAGGAUGAGCGGGUACAAGUUCCCAUGUCCCUUGUUGAACCAAAGCAUCAAAUUCCACAGACAUAGCCUUACUCCAUUCAGGUACCUGUAAAGCUUGAGAAGCACAAGUAGGAAUAAUAUGGUGAGGUAAUGGUGAGUGUGUGACAACAUUAGCUUGUUUACGAGAACGCAGGGUCAUUGGGUGGGUACGUUUGGGUGGAGAGGCUUUUGGAUCAUGAUGAUGACCCAAGGUAGAUAUGGGAUUAUUUGUAGUGGGAGUAAUGGUUGAGGGGUUGGUGUUGGUUGGGCCGGCGGUGAUAAGUGAUGAGGACCGGUGGGUUAGAAGCUGGUGGAGUGUUAUGAGGAGCAGGGUUAGGGGAGUCUUGUGUUAUUGGGGUACGAGUAGUAGGAGACGCCUUUGCUAGUGAUGUACCUGAGAUAGGAAGAUAAGAGAUAGGAGGUUGAAGCCAACUGUCAAUUUCAGAGGACAGAUCUGUAACAUGUGUUGUAUUAUUAGAGAAAGGGAAGACAGACUCAUUGAACACCACAUGCCGACUAAAAAAGAUGCGAUUGGUAGCAGGAUCAAGACAGCGAUAAGCGCUUUGUUGAUCGCAAUACCCAAUGAAAAUACAAGGUCUGGACCGUGGUUCUAACUUAUGAGCUGCAUAAGGACGGAGCCAUGGAAAACAUUGACAUCCGAAAAUAACAAGUUUUGUGUAAUUGGGAGGUUUUUGAAAAAGUUUUUCAUAGGGAGUACAAAAACCUAGAGAUGCUGUUGGUUGCCUAUUAAUUAGAUAUACAGCAGUUAAAAAGGCGUAUGACCAAUAUUUUAACGGCAUUGAAGAGUGGUGAAGUAAAGUGAUCCCUGUUUCUACAAUAUGACGAUGUCGGCGUUCAGCGAAGCCGUUAUGCUCAGGGGUAUAUGGAGGGGUCAGUAAGUGAGUAAUACCACAAGAGGCCAGAAAUUUCCCUAGGGAUAUGUAUUCACCCCCUCCAUCUGAAUAAACCAUUUUAAUAGAUUUUUGAAAAAAGUUUUCUACGAUCUUCUUAAAUUGUUGAAAAAUUGAAGUUACCUCAGACUUGUGAGUGAUAGUGUAAAACCAAAUCUAUUUUGUGUAGUGAUCAACAAAAAUAACAUAAUAACGAAAACCAUCCACAGAAUUAAUGUGUGAGGGACCCCAAACAUCUGUAUAAUUUAAAUCAAGUGGACCUGAACUUGAAAGGGAAGAUUUAGCAAAAGGUAACUUGUGACUUUUAUUACUUGCGCAUGAAGUGCAUAAGGACAAAUCCUUAUUAACAUCUUUAAAGGAAAUACCUAAUGAGGAAAUAACUUUUUGAGUGAUGGGAAGGACAGGAUGUCCUAAACGACAAUGCCAUUUAUUCAGAGAAAAUUCUGUAGUAACAUUGACACAUGGUGAUGAAGGAACAGGAACAUCAGGCAAGCUGUAGACGUCACCUUUAUUCAUACCCCGUAACAAAAUUGCUUCCGUUUUCCGGUCCUUGACAAGACAAAAAGAACGGUGAAACUCGAUUAGUACAUCAUUGUCACGACAUAAUUUGGCAGCUGAAAUUAAAUUAGUAUGAAUAGAAGGAACAAAAAGAGUAUUAGGUAAGGAGAGAGAAUGAAGGGUCAUAUUCCCAACUUGUGCAAUUUCAAGACUUUUAGCGUUACCAAUAAUGAGGGAGUCUGUGCCGGUGUAAUCGGACGCCAGGGUAAGAUUGUUUAAAUUAUUGGUGACAUGAUUAGUUGCUGCCGAGUCCAGCAACCAUCCGGUUCUCCUGGUCGUGGCAGUAUUGGCCUGGGGGGAUAAUUUUGUUGUUCAAACCUGUGCCAACAGUUUAUAGCGAGAUGGUUCGGUUUGCUACAAAUUUGACAUAUAACGGCACCCGGACUGGUAUUUCCCCCAAAAUUAGUACGCCUGCCCCCCGGGAUUAUUAUUUCCACGUCUAUUUGAAUUGUAGAAGUUGCUGGGACGUGGGCCUCGAUUUUGAUUUUUGAAAAAUUUAUUCUGAGUAUUGGGCCUAUUGGGUAGAGUCUGAAACUGUCUGAUGGACCUGGGCCUAAUAUAGACGCAUUCUGGUCUAGACUUCUGCGAACGGUCAUUGCGACCGAACUGUCUUCUUCCUCUUUUCUUUCUACCGUAGCUGCGUUCGCAGUAACAACAGCCGCAUAAUUCAAGAGCUCCUUCCUUCGCAACUUGUCUUUGAAUCUGACCAGUAAGGAGUGGAGUUCUUCAAAGUUAGUUUCAUCUGGGCGGAUGGAGUUCUCCACGGAUUCAAACUCGGGACGAAGACCCUCCAGGGCUUGAAUGGCAAAGUCUUCAUCGUCAACAGGUCGGUCGGCCAUGGCUAGUUCAUCCGCGAGGGUGCGAAGGUGGUGAAGAUAUUCUGCUACAGGUUGCGACCCCUGUUUAGCAUGGCGGAACUGGUCUUUAAGACUUCGGAUUUUGGAAGCUGACCGGGUCCCAUAUAGGCGUUCCAGUGUUUUCCAGACGGAGGCGGAGGUCUUUGCAGACCCAACCAGCGGUUUGCAGGCGGAACUGAGUGAAGAUACAAGAGCGUGCCGCACCAGACGGUCCUGUCUCUUCCAUCGCAGAAAGUUGGCAGCUUCAGUUUCUGGAGGAGGACUGAUUUUUUCAUCAAUAUACUGAUCUAGAUGAGACCCGAACAGAAGGUCCAUUACUUGGUCUCUCCAUACAAGGUAAUUUGAUCCAUCUAGUUUUUCUGGGAAUUGGUUAGGGCUGAGCAUAACAAGGCCAUCCGGGGUUAGGGGAUUAUUCACAUCUUCUGGACUUUUGUCUCUAUUAUUUUCAUGAGCCAUGGGCAGAGAAAGGUGAUGCGGGGGGAAGGUUCAGUGAAGGGAAUAGGCCGUUUAGGCCUCUAGAGGCUCUGAUACCAUGACAAAGUUUAGAAUAAGGAGGAAUUGAGACUGAAAAGCUUGAUUCAUUCCAUGAAAUGAUAUCCUAUUUAUACAACAUUUUAGAGCUAGGCUAUUAAUUAUAAUAUUAAAUACAAAGAUUUGUAACUGAAACAUUUAAUACAAAUAUUCUAAUUUAUUUUGUAAUUCAUGUAACUGAUCUCUAGAGCUGUCUAGAUUCUUUUGUCUAUAUGUGGUAGCUAGUGCAGAGGGAUUUGUGGUGAGUCUGGUAAGUGAACAACCAGUAAUUGGAUGGAAGAGUAAUUUUCUGGAAUUUUGGGUGUGAUGAGAGUCAGGUUGAUCAGGGUGGAAAAAAGUGGGUGCAUAAGUCUCUACUAGGGAGCUUUUUGGCUAGCUCCCAAGUCCUAUGGGAACAUGAGAACAUCGACACUUUCAUGCCACUAUUAUUGCUACCAGCAUUUUCUGUAUCCGCGGUGCAUUAUUAUUCCCAAGUUCACUGGCUAUAUUCAACCAUUAUUUAAAACUUAGUUUGAGUUUUCUGUUAUUGCUUUUUAGAAAACAAAAACUGUUUUCAAUUUUUUAUUCCCAAGUUUUUGAUUUUUUUUGGAUUUGGUUGUUGAUUCAUUUUGACUUCUGAACAUCCCUUGAACUCUUGAAGCAAAUAAUUACUUUGGUAUGUAAGGAAAUACGUAGCAUCAUUUUGUAAGAGAAAAUUGCUCUACCAUCUACUAUCUUGCAUGAAUGCCGCAUAUGGGAAACCCUAUAGGGGUUAGCAACUCAUUAGGUGAACGACGACGUAGACUCAUGUCUGCCCAACCUUCAACGCAUAUUGAAAAAAUGAUAUAUACACUCAUUACUCAUAUGAGUGGUGUUCUCAUCCCUAGGAUUUCUAGAGUCCUUGUGUCAAUUUUGACAUUGGUGUUAUGAGUGGUUUCUUCUCAAAUUUUUAUGCUAGUACCUACAAAGUGUUAUGUUAUUGUUCAAUUGACAUUGAUGACAUUUAUCGAGUUUUAGAUUUGUUUUUCUCAAAUACCAUUGGUAUUAUGCUUCUCAAAUCAUCUAUGACGACACCGUUAUCCGCCCUCCUCCAGAACCACCGCCACAGAAGGUAGUACAAGAUUUUAUAUCAACAUAUAUAUUUAGUACAAGGCUGAAAUAAAUGUCACUUGCUUUCAGAAAGUCGUGAUCGGUCUGUAGGUACAAUGGAACAAGACUAUGAGUAGUUUGUAGUUUCGCCUAUUUCAGUACUUUGCAUUACUUUUUAUUUUUUCAAUUUGUUUUUAAUAGAGUUGUAAAUGUUUUAAAUCACUAUAGAAACAUGAAGACUUACUCUGCUGGGUAGCAGAGCCAAAGUCUGAUCAUUCGGCUUAUGUCUAGGGUUGGUAUGAUAUUGAGCCUAGUGUAAUAUGGUUUGGUUUAUUGAUUUUAAUAUAGACUAUUUCCAUUCAAAAAAAGCAAAUUGCUCUAAGGGAGUGUUUGCAAUAGCUUAAAAAAGCUCUCCUUGGCUUUUGGCUUACAAAAAGUUAAAAUUAGUGCUUUCAAGUGACAACUAUUACUUAAAAAAACGUUUUCGGCUUUUGUGUGAAAAGUGCUUUUUACUUUUUCUAUUACACAAAAAGCCCUUAUUUUACCAAACACUACCAACUUUUACUUUUCAAAAUCACUUUGUUCUCACAACCAACUUUUACUACUAAUCUUUUUUUCCAAAAUCACUUCCAAAAGUGCUUUUUUUAAGCAGAAGCAAUUGCAAACACUCCCUAGUCCCUAACUAUCAUUUUGGUGGCGGUGUGAUAGCAGGUCGAAGGUGAGAGUCGGAAAAUUUUUCGACGAUCAACGGAGAUGGUCUAGUGGCGUCCGGUGGUGGAUCAAUGUCAUCAAUCGGUGGCGGCGGUCUGGUGGCAUUUUGUGGUGGACCAAUCCGCGGUGUUUGGCACCUCAGGCCAUGCUCGCGCUUACGAUCGAUCACGAUUUUGACGUUGUUGGCGUCUCUCGCGCUCUUGCAAUUGCUGGAAUCGCUCUUGCUUCUGCAAUCUUUGGCGUUGUUGGCGCUUUCGUGAUCGACAAUGUCGCUGGCACUUCUGUCAUCCCCUGUAGUUUUUUUCACCUUCAUCUAUUUCUUUAGCCUCAUCGUGUAGAUGUGCGGUGACGUUUGGCCUGGGAGUGUGGGGGCAGCGACGGUGCGGGAAUUGGAGAGAAAGGGGUUAGGGACGUUAAAUGAUGAAAUGACAUAUAAAAGGAUAAUAUGAGAAAAUAGAAUGUUGGUGAAACUCAAUUUGAAAAAUGUUCAUACUAUUGGGAUAAUUCAAAAGGGAAAGUUUAUUUGCGAGGAGUAUUUUCAAUUUUAUGAAAAAGUACAUAUUUUACGUGCA